CUACAUACGAUCAUCUGACCACGGAGGCAUCGACUACUGUAUACUGACUAAGUGUACUACAUUACUAUAUAAACAUUAUACCAUAUUGUACAAGUAGUAAUAAUUCGGUCUGGUCAAUGAAGCUUUGUCUGUGAAUUCAGUUGAAACUGUAAUAUUUUAGACACAUUUAACAAUGGGUGAAAUUAGUGGCAUUCUUUUAUACUCUUUCGUGCCAGUGUGUAUACUAAUUGGUGUAUUCUAUUUAUGCUGUAAAAGUGUUAGUGGUGAUCGUCGUCAAAGAUUAUAUCGGAUUCGUAGGAAUUUCGACAUGGGCGGUUUUCAUGGCCCUGGUGUUGGUUUUGAUAGUGGAAGUGGCUUUGAUGGCAGUGGCGGUGGUGGAUGUGGCGGCGGUGGUGGUGGUUGUGAUGGUGGUGGUGGUUGUGAUGGUGGUGGUGGUGGUGGCUGUAGUGGUGGUGGUGACUAAUUUAAUUGCAAGCAGGUAAAUCUAGAUCUUUCGUUGUCAUAGGCCUAUUUUAUCAUUCUGUGUUUAGAAUUUGCAGAUCUUACUCCAACUGAGGAGAAUUUUGAAAACUUGUUUAUAAAGAACCAACAUUAUAGAUCAAUUGUAACAAAACACCUUAUUGGUUGAGGUAAAAGGAGCUUUUCCAAAAGAAAAUAGAUAUCGUACAAAAACUUACCUGAACUUAGGUCUAUGAAAUUUCUAUUAUUCAGUAAAUUGAUAACGUUCUUACUGAUGAUUUUUCAUUUUACCGUACAGCAUGACAAUAUGGUCAGUCUCUGGUUGGCAGUACGCAGUUUACCUGAGUAAAUACAAUUACAAAGCAAAAUAAUCAAAUAGUUAGAUAUGGAAUUGUACUAAUCCUUUAUUGCCACCAUAAUUACAUUCUGUAAAAUUUUAUUAGUAUAUAGGCCUAUCACUUCAUCCUGUAUUAAACAUUACAAAUACAAUAUAAAAUAUAGGAUUGCAAAUAUAUAGGGGUGGACAAGACAAGUAGCUCUUUAGCUCAACGGAGAAUGAAGUGAUUAAUAAAACUUUAGAAAUUGUAUUAAUUUUGUAACGUUGCAAAAGCCUUGUAGGCAAUAUAUUUGUUAUAGAUAUUUGUACAACUUUAUUUUGCU